AUGACCCACCUCCUCCCACCGCAUCCCGACCUCAACCUCGCCCAAUCAUCUCUCCAGACUGCGCUCCAGAUAGACCCUUCUCAGCAACAGCAAGUUUCGCAGGGCCCUCCUCUGCCACCACAGCAAGCGCCGCCGCCGACGUCGCGCAAACGAAGAAAGGCGGACGGCGAUGAGGCGCCGCAUCCAGCAGAGCCACGUCGUCUGCGGCGUUCACACGAAGCAUGCGCACGCUGCAGGAGCAAGAAAAUUAAGUGCGACUCCAAACAUCCGCGAUGCACAGCGUGCGUGACCGCCGGCACCGUCUGCCAGCAGGAGGACAGACAUCGCCAGACCCUUACCCCUCGCGGACAUACCGAACGCAUCGAGCGGCAGCUUCUUCAGUGUGAUGCGCUUCUCAAACGGCAUUAUCCUGGCUUUACUCUUGACAAUCUUGACGAGAUCUGUGCCCGCGAGGGCAUUGAGGUCGAUGCUUCAGAUCAGGCCCUUUCACAGACUUUCCAAUUUGCACAGAAUCCUCCUCCUGGUCCGAGCUCCCGUCCUUUUCCUCUGCGCACAGAAGUGCCCCAACCGCCCCCCGGCGGUUCCCCCCCAAGGGCGUACGCGCCCUAUGGACCCCCUCACGGCCAGCCAAUGAUGCCCUAUCCGGGUCAUAUGAUGCCUUAUCCUCCUCCAGGAGCGCCCUACGGCCCUCCUCCUCCCCACAUGCCCAUGCAGGGUCCUCCUCAUCCGGCUUACAACCCGCACCCGUAUCCUCCGUUCCAGUAUCCUCUGCAGCCGCACCCAGGUAUGCAGCGACCACCUUCGGCUCAUGACAUUAAGGGCCAGGACCCCCUUUCUCAUGACUUGUCUGAUACCCGUGCACUGGCCAAGACUUUUGGCGUCGAUGUGGAAAUUGUCGCUGGCUUGAAGCUGCCAGCACCAGACAAGGAGGAUCUCGCGGUAGGCUCAAGUGGUUUGACUUCAGGACGAGAUCGCGACCCAGUAGAGCCCUCUACACCUCGAGAUCCGACCAAGUGGGUUUCCGUUCAAGUACGUCGCAACAGCGUCACUGCUCCUCCCCCGCCCGUUACCAAUGGUGCCCCUCCUGCCGCCGACACCAUCCACGUCUGGCUGCCGAAGGACCGCAACAUGGUGCAGAAGAUCCUGGACGUGUACUUCACUCGGCUCAACUUCCACCGGCCGGUGUUUGUGCGCUCCGAGUUUGAGCAGACGCUGAACGCGCUGUAUGACGGGCGGCAAUUGCUCCAUGAUGCAGGCUACAUUUGCAGCGUGUACCUUGUUCUCGCGCUUGGCACUCUGAGCGAGCUCAAUCACCGCGCGAGCAGCAUGGAGAAGGAGGGCGGGCAGGUUGCUGCAAGUCCGUCGUCGCCGCGGAGGCUCAUGCCUGCUGACUGGCCGGAACACGAGGAGUUCUUCGAGCGCGCGCUCUUUGUCAAGCCAGAUCUUCGUGUCAGCCUGUCAAGCCUGCAGGCGCUCAUAGUGCUGCAUUGGUAUUUGUACACCGAGCGUCAAGGACGGACCUUAUGGCGCCUCGUGGGCAGUCUUGUGCGAAUCGCCAUUGAGCUGGGCCUUCAUCACGACCCAACGUCGCAGGGGAAUACCUUCUCCGAGGAGGAGUGUCAGUUGCGCAUCCGGCUGUGGGCGAUCGUGCUUCUGCACGACCGUGGUACAUCAAUUCUACUAGGCCGCCCGCUCGCUAUUGCGCCGUCCGACUCGAACACGCCGCAGCCGUCGCGGACCAAGUCGACAGACGUGUCGGAGCACUUUGUGCUGUCGGCGCCGAUCGCAGAGAUUCAGGCGGACAUCAUCAACUCGCUGUAUGCGCCGACGCGGCAGAGCGCGGAUGCGAUCAUGCGCCAUGCGACGCGGAUAAUCAAGAGCAUGGCGUCGUUCAGGCAGCAGCUGCCGGAGAAUUACCAGUGGUUCUUUGGCGGGACGCAGAUGUGGCCGCUCGAGCGUAGGACGAAGCUAGUCCAGGACAUCACGGAGGAUCAGGGACUGACGUUGUUGAAGAUUGGGAUUACAAGAAUCCUCCUCUUGCGAGCGCUGUUCAGCUCGAGCGAGCUUGACUACAAUCCGCGUCUGCAAGCUUUGACAGAUGCUAUCAUCACGUCGCACAACAUCAUCAUCGUGCAUAACCAGCUUAUUUGUUUCCCGGACAUCGCGUUCUUCGUAUCACCCAUCCCGCUCCACAUCGCCGCGAUGGUCAUCCUAUACGGGCAUAUGUCGCACUGCCACCCGAUCCCGCAUCAGGUUGCGCUCGAGGACGUGUGGAUGGCGCUCGACAUGCUUCCGAGCUUCCGCUGGCGAUGGGAGCGCAAGGACUUGAACGGCGGACACCCGUUGAUCGCGGCGCUCGCCGAGAAGGUGCUGAACGUGAACCUGCACCAGGUCGCGCCGACGACCGCGCCGGUGCUGAUCCCGGAGUACGUGUGGGACGAGAAGAUCCUGUCGCCGAAGGGCGUCGUGCAGGCGGGCGCGCCACCGGCGAGCCCGUCGAUCGGGCCUGCGCAGUACGGGGGCGCGCCGGCGUCGCCGUUCAGUGGGCAGCCGCCGAGCGGGAACAUGAGCAAGGGCAGCCCGGGUCGUGCGAACAUGGGGUGCACGCCUCGCACGCCGGUGGAUAAGAAGCUCGCGGAGGUGCCUGCGGGGUUGUUCUAUCCCUUCUAUCCGGAAAACCAGAACGUCGCGACGGGCGCUGCUGCUGCUGCUGCCGCCGCCGCCGCCGCCGCGUCGACGAGCGGGAACGGCGGGCAGGACUUUAACAAUUUGUUGGCGGCUGCUGCGGCGUCGCAGCCGAUAGGGACGUUUGGGUACCAGCCGUCGCAUGAGUCGUACAUGCUGGAGGAGAAGGAUACGUCGAUUACGAACGGGGCGAUGCAGAUGUGGGUGAGUAGGUAA